AUGGACAGGGGUGUACCAGAAUACGCGCAGUCAGAUCAAUCGUCUGUUGCGACCUACGCCACGCAAGACCCGCGUUCAGCAAACCUCUCGACCAACAACACCCCGCAGUCGGACUACGGUCUCACGCCCUCGUCGGCGCGGUCAUCAGGGUUUCCAUCGGACCAUCUGCGAUACAGCCAAUACUCUCACGCGCCUCACCAUCCAGGCGCUGUAGGAACCAUGGCACAACCAACAAGUCCGUCAAAGUCCCUGCCAGAUGGAGUGCCCAAUGGCCAUCCAACUGCACAUUCCACCGAUGUGAGGUCUAACUCGGACGUUCCUAUAGAUCCCUCGAUUUCGCAAGCAAGCCCGACCUACCCUCCAUACUCGCCAUACCCGCAAGGGCAAGACAUGCAGCAUGCCUAUCAGCCUCAGCACCCUCCUUACAUGCAGCAACGACCGCCGCACGAGCAAUGGGCCGGCUACCCUCCUCAGCACGGCAUGCCUGGCCCAUACCCGCACCCGGGACCCGGUGUUCAAGGACCGCCUCAGGCCACCACGGCUUCGCGAACCGGUCAAGUCUACUCUUUCGUCCCCAUCCCCGGUGCGCAGCAGCACAAGCGACCGCGUCGAAGAUACGAAGAGAUUGAAAGAAUGUACAAAUGUGGUUGGAAUGGCUGCGAAAAAGCUUAUGGGACAUUAAACCACUUGAAUGCGCAUGUCACCAUGCAGUCGCAUGGCACAAAGCGAACCCCUGAAGAAUUUAAAGAGAUCCGAAAGGAAUGGAAGGCGCGCAAAAAGGAAGAAGAGAACGCACGCAAGGCUGAGGAAGAGCGACAGAGAGCAGCAGCACAAGCCAGCCAGGUCGACGGGCAGCCCACAGAUGCGCACCAGGUGCCAGCACAAGGCUAUCAACAGAAUGGCGGCCGACCGUCGCUGCCGCCCAUUGGCUAUCAAUCCGCAGACGGCCACGCUCAAGGUCAAUACGGGCAACCACAAGCCGGCAUGGUCUACCCUCAAGGAAAUGGGCAGAUGGGCACCUACGCCAAUUACCCCAACUCGCCCUACGCCCAACAGGGUCAAGUCUAUCAGCAACGACAGUACUAG